CGUAACUUGCUCGCUAGGUAAAUUAGCUGGUUUGUUGUGUUUUUAAACGUUUCCUGCUGAUGCUAGCUAGCGUAGCUAAUAGUCAGGCUAGCUAGCUAGCUAUAGUUAUGCAUUUGGCCAUCAUAGAAGCUCGCGGUAGAUGAACGUAUCGUCUCCUUAUCGCCAACCUUAAUACGUUUUCCAGUAAGAAUUCGAGAGGGGCUUGUCGUACAGCUGUCAUGUAUCUUCCUUGCCUGUCCACAUAUGGCUAAACUACAGUACCGUAUCAGUUAGCUAGCAAGUAGCUAACUAGCAGCCUGCACUAUUCUGUAACCAGCUGUCUUAGCUGACCAAGUGAAACUGCAGUCAACAGGGGUUCUUCUGAUACUUUUAAGGCACUCGUCAUGGCUCCCAAAGAUAUCAUGACCAACUCCCAUGCCAAGUCUAUCCUUAAUGCCAUGAAUGCACUUCGAAAAAGCAACACACUCUGCGACAUCACUUUAAGGGUGGAAAAUACAGACUUUCCAGCUCAUCGCAUUGUCCUGGCUGCCUGCAGUGACUACUUUUGUGCCAUGUUUACAAGCGAGCUGUCUGAGAAGGGGAAAUCCUUUGUGGACAUUCAAGGCCUGACUGGAUCAACCAUGGAGAUCUUGCUGGACUUUGUCUACACUGAAACAGUUCUGGUCACAGUGGAGAACGUACAGGAACUGCUUCCUGCUGCUUGUUUGCUUCAGCUUAAAGGAGUGAAAAGAGCAUGUUGUGAAUUUCUGGAUAGUCAGCUUGACCCCUCAAACUGUCUGGGUAUUCGGGACUUUGCCGAGACACACAAUUGCCUUGACUUGAUGCAGGCAGCUGAGCUUUUCUCCCAAAAGCACUUUCCUGAGGUCGUUCAACAUGAGGAGUUCAUGCUGCUCUGUCAAUCAGAGGUUGAGAAGCUUGUGAAAUGUGAUGAAAUCCAGGUUGAUUCUGAGGAACCGGUAUUUGAGGCAGUCUUGAAUUGGGUCAAACACAACAGGAAAGAGAGAGAACCGUAUCUUCCGGACAUGCUUGAGUUUGUGCGAAUGCCUCUGCUGACCCCCCGCUACAUUACAGAUGUAAUUGAUUCUGAGCCACUCAUUCGAUGCAGUCUUCCGUGUCGAGACCUAGUAGAUGAAGCAAAGAAGUUCCACCUAAGGCCAGAACUUAGGAGCGAGAUGCAAGGCCCACGAACCCAAGCACGAUUAGGUGCCAAAGAGGUUCUGUUAGUUAUAGGUGGAUUUGGCAGUCAACAGUCUCCUAUAGAUAUUGUGGAGAAGUAUGACCCUAAAACCCAGGAGUGGAGCUUUCUACCUAACAUUGCUCGUAAAAGACGUUACGUAGCCACUGUGUCCCUCAACGACCGUGUGUAUGUAAUUGGAGGCUAUGACGGUCGUUCGAGACUCAGUUCGGUGGAGUGCUUGGAUUACACCGCUGAUGAGGACGGUGUCUGGUACACAGUUGCUACCAUGAACGUUCGCCGUGGCCUAGCAGGCGCCACCACACUCGGAGACAUGAUCUAUGUUGCCGGAGGUUUCGAUGGAAGCCGGCGUCACACCAGUAUGGAGCGCUACGACCCAAACAUUGACCAGUGGAGUAUGCUUGGGGACAUGCAGACAGCAAGGGAAGGUGCCGGGCUGGUGGUGGCCAGUGGAUUGAUUUACUGCCUAGGAGGAUAUGACGGGUUGAAUAUACUUAACUCAGUUGAGCGAUAUGAUCCACACACAGGGCACUGGACCAAUGUCACCCCCAUGGCUACUAAACGCUCAGGUGCUGGAGUAGCCUUGCUCAAUGACCACAUCUAUGUAGUAGGUGGCUUUGAUGGAACUGCUCAUCUAGACUCUGUGGAGGUAUAUAACAUAAGAACAGAUUAUUGGACAACAGUUGCCAGUAUGACUACUCCCCGGUGUUAUGUAGGGGCUACUGUUCUCCGUGGACGGUUAUAUGCCAUAGCUGGAUAUGACGGGAACUCCCUUCUCAGCAGCAUUGAGUGUUAUGACCCAGUGAUCGACACCUGGGAUGUAGUCACCUCCAUGGCAACUCAGCGAUGUGAUGCUGGAGUCUGUGUCCUCAGAGAAAAGUAAUUUUCAUCAUGAACAGCAUCACAGAGGAGUUAAACGAAAAUGACGUGCCACUGUUGAGGUGGCUAUUCAUGUCCCACUACCACUGAGCAAUGGAAAAGGUCAUUGUAGGUCAGAAUGUGACAUGGGCUGCCUCAAAAACUCAUCAUUGCAGCUUCAUCAGACUUUCAUACUUGAAAGAGUACACCCUUACCAAGAGUGUGCAGCAGAGAUGAACAACUAUGUGCAAAAGACUCUUAUUUGUUGAUGCCUCCAAGAAACCAAUACCACUUGCAUGACUCUUUGGUGAUACAUGUUGCUGUGGUUACCCGUGAGAUUAUAAUUUUGAUGUCUUUAAAGUGCAAUACAUUUAUACUUCUUGAAAGAAAGCAACAACAGCAGAAAUUAACAGGUGACUCCUGCUGCUAUAUGCCUUAUGCCCCUGUGGCCCCCAUAUAAUAUAACAUCCAUGUUGCCUCUCAUUUGGACUAAAACGAUUGUUAUCAUGACAUCAAGUACUGUAUAAUCAAUAAGCAUUUACCAGAUAAGUAAAUUGUCAGUGUC